UGAGCAUUCGGACAACUUCCGUCUCGCGCGGGGCGGGGGUGGACUUCCGGUUUCAAUGUCGACAGCUUACGAAAAUGUAUGCCAAUGUUUACCAUUUGAAAACAUUGCAUUCAUUGUGAACUCGACACCAAUGACGAUGUAUCCAUAGUGUUACAUCAUGCUGCAUCGUGUCAAGAUGCAUCCCCUAUCUGGCUAUAGCGGGACGUAGUAUGACUGCUGAAAAACAAUCUGAUAGCACUGGCUGGUUCAGUGCUUUCAAUCACAGCUGGAACUGUAUAAAAGUCUGUGUCUAAUACGUAUAGUGCUGACCAAUAUUACUAUUGCCAUAACUUCUAAUUAUUUUGGUACAAUCCCUGCUGGACAGAAGAAAUUAAUAAUCUGAAACGUCUUCCUUGAUUCUAUCAAAAGCUGAUCUUUCAUAUUUUCAAAACCAGUUUUGAUGUUUAUACAAAGUUUUCACAUAUUUUUGACAUUGUCCAUUCAAGAUUGAUUUGAUUUCAUCAUCAAGAUAUCGUGUACACUUUAUUUAUAGCAACAAGUUUCUUAAUCAAUCUGUCUAAAUGGAAAAUUUAAAGAAGCAUCUUUUCCCCAGUAGCCGGCCUGCAGUGGGGUCUGAAACUAGAUCAGUCUUUCAUAUUGAUAAUGGUAGUAAUGACCAUUUGAGCAAAGAAGUGCAGGAAUGUUUUGAGAGUGUUGAAGAGUUUAAAAAUGCUGUCAAGAACUUGGAUGGUGCUGGAACCCACCUGACAGAGUCGCUGACGAAGGCACUAAAGGAGACGCAACACCAGAGCAUUGCAGAAGAUUGCGGUGUAGCAUUCAGGGAGGUCUAUGCAUGUGAUCAGACUGCAUUUGUGUCUCGACAGCUACAGGACAUGAGCUCCGCUCUGUAUGACUUGAAAGCAAAGAUGGAUGAUGCCACAGCAGAUAAUAUGGCUGCUGAAUAUGCUCAGACCUUGUGUAAGGUGUUACUGGUGUUCUUGAAAACCCAGCAAACGUACCACAAGCUCUGUAGUGACAGGAUGAUGGAUCUGGUUCAGAAACUAAACAUGUCAAAAGGAAUCCAAAAUCAGGGGGAGAUAACUGAACACUUUUUGGCCUUGCUGACCACGACUGUGGACAAAUCACAGAACAAAAUCCAUCUGAAGAACGGCAGCAGUCCAUCCCAAUCGCCCAAAGGGAGCCCCAAGACAAAGAAAGCUGUGAAAGGUCCAGAUUCACCAAAACCCUUGGCCAAACAAACAUUUAAGUCUUCAUUACUUUCUCUGUUUGAUCGAAAGCCUUCCCCUGAAGAAGGUAAAAGUGCCUUUUAUGUAGACAUGGGAUCUGAUGCAGCUGGCUGCUCGACUACAAAUGAGCUGGACUCUACUCAGACUGCAGGCAGCUCCGAGUUACUACAAAGGAGGCAAGAUCAAGCAGGAGCUCAUACAGAACAAAUCUCUGCCUCGAAAGAAGUUCCACAAGCUAACCUUCUUGGCCUUGACCUCGAUGGACCUGCUCAAGGGCACAGGAAACUGGAAGCCUCUGCUCAAGGUCACCCAAGGCUUGACAAUACAAGUCUUGGUUUAUCAAAGUUAGCUCUCAUGGGUCAAGGUCAGAUCCCAAAUACCAUAGGUCAAGGUCAUCUUCCAAGUGCUACAGGUCAAGGCCAACCAUUAGUAGAAUUGAUUGGGCUGCCUGAAUCAUGUGAUCCCAAGUUGGCUGCAGGCAGUCUUUUGAAACCCCAUCUGAUGGGUCUGGACCCUGCCCACCCGUCCCAUAUGAAUCCAGUGGUUGAUCCACGGAACUUACAGAUACAUGGGCUUCAGCCCCAACCAGGCGUGGGUGUGAUGCAGGUGAACUGUCAGUUGGCUUCGGAGGAGGAGCUGGAGAGCGUCAUCAACCUGCUGUCCGGCGUCAACUGUUCCAACUCGCCUAUGCAAGCAAUUCCCGAGAACCAAGUCCAAGGUCAAGUCCAGCUGACAGUGCCCCAGAUAUAUCGCAUGCCAAGUCCUGCCUCCGACUCUAAUGUUGAAGAGAUGAAACAUCCCAAAUAUCAGAUGCACCGACGUUCAGAAGGAUGUCUGGAUCUGUCCGGUGUGCGCGGAAACACCUGGCCACAUCAACACAGAGCUAGUCUACCGGCCGUUCAGUCAUUCCCCCAGCGGCCGAUGAUGGAUCCGUCGCGAGAUGCAACCAUGUACAUGCGUCAGUGCGCGCAAGAGAUGCACAUGCCAUAUCGUCCAAACCCAGCGUACAUAGCGACAGGCCCCGGACCUGGGCCGAUCAUGUCCACGUCACAGUGGUCCUUCCCUGGCAGUGGAACAUGGCCGGCCAUGCACACACAUGGGGGGUCUGACACGAUGAACAGCAGCUGGUCUGGUGUCCAGGACUCAAGUGACCUCAGUGAUGACUCCUCCAGUGGGGAACAGUUCUACGCUGUCGGACGGGACCUGGUGCAGGCCAUCGACUCCAAAGAGGACAGCAGUGACGAGGAUUGUGACAGAAGGCGGGGCCCCCCCAACUACCAGGGAGCUGUGGCAGCGGACCCUCAUGAUGUAUCGUCCAUGCACACCUGGCCUCCCAAACAGCAAUGGAGCCACUCUAACCUGUAUCUAAGCUCCGGUGUGGAGCAUCUGGAGCCUCCGGACAACAGCCAGUUCCAGCACAGACCCGUCCAGAUGCAGUGGAGUGACCCCAUGUCAUCUCGCAGUAUGUGGCCAGCCGGACCCCCUCCCCUUGGUAUCCCUCCACAACGUACCUCCCAAAGUAUGCAGGGCUUUGGGACUCUCCAGUGACCUUGACCUUUGUAGGUGGCCUUGACAUUUCAUCAUACUCACGUCUGCAUCAAGAGUUCAAAGGCUGCAUAAUAAUUCAGUUUUGUGUGAAUGCUAAAAGCAUGAAAUUCAAAAGCUACGUUGCAAAUGAUUGUUUGUUGUACUGUAUCUUAGCUCAUCAGUGAGGUGCUUGCUAGGCGUCAGAAUCCCUUUAUGAGGUUUACAGCCUUAAAAAUAUGUUUCUCAUCACCUGUAAGAAGACACAUUUCAUGACCAUACAUUUUUUUAAUGAUAAGCUAGAUGCAUCCUUACCUAAAGUGGGAUGCAAGAUUCAUGCUGUGAUAUCGGAUUGUAGCCUUAGAAAAGAUGAAAUCCAUUUGAGUCGUAAUUGUUUUCACAAAACAUUGAUUCAGUUUCCUGACCCUUGGAUUCCCAUGAAAGAACCAUGUGCCCACUGUGUUUAGCCCUGUCUGGAUUCCAGUUAGAAUAGGCUCCAGCAAUCUAAUGGCCCUGGGGGUCAGGCUCGUUGACAAGGUUGAUUGCAUGUCAUUGUAGCCUGGUGUGGCUUGUUGUUCACAAUAUCAGUCACUGCAUUGUCUGGUCCGGACUUGUUUAUUUACAGGCCACUGUCAUAUAGCUGGAAUAUUGCUGAGUGCUGUGUAAAACAACAAACAAACAGUGUUUUGAUUAUUCGCUGCAAAGGCAGACACUUGAGGAUGAUGAACAUAUAUUUACUUAAAGGUAGGGCUGGCUAUCGAUGUAGAUCUUAGAGAUUGAUCUUCCUUAGCUAAAUAUAGAUCAAUUAUAGAUAAAUAUUGGAUUAGUAAGUUUGAGGAAAUAUGCUAAAAGCUCUUAGGACAAACAGCAUAUUUCACAUCACUGGUGAGUGGUGACACACUUAUGCAUGGAUUACUCGGACAUUUAAGAUACAACAAAAUCAGUUGCUUUCCGUCUUUGGCAAUGGACAAAAACUGCUUGAGUAAAUUAGAACUUUAUUUCAUCACAAUAGUUUUUUUGAGAUAUUAUCAAUGACCUAAUUUUAAUAUUGCUUCACAUCAACGAUAAUUCUGAUUAUUGAUCUUUUCAGCCAGCCCAACUUGAGUUUGUAGUGUUACGACAGAUUCCAUGAAUUAGAUGCAUGGUUAUACAGUGAAUUCCUUGGAUACAAAGCUCAACAAUACGAUACAUGAUACAUUCUGUAUCGAUACACAUCUUUGCACACUUGUUUUCAUAUUCUGCACUUUAUUUUUCGCUAUGUAAGGUGCAUCUUUUUAUUUCACUCAUCGGCUAAGGGCUAAUAAAAAAAAAAUCAAGAAGAAGAAACUUAAAAAAUAAGAUUGUCUUGUUAUUCAAUAAAUGGACGUUCAUCCACUGUCUUGGAAGUAGGGAAGCCAAACAGUUAUGUCGUGUAGUAUCCUACCGAAGACCCACAUUCGAUUCCCUACAGCAGUACAAGGGGGCAUGGGUGGCCCAGUCGUCUAAGGCGCUGCGAUUUGCUGUGCAGAGUUGCGUCCCUUGGGCGCACCAGAAACCUAUGAUUGUGGGUUCGAAACCUGCCUCGCCCCGAUUAUGUUUCUAGGUUUGUCAGCACCAUAACCGU